AUGGCGACUAUUGUUCCAAUGAGUCUUGUGAGCUGGGUCUUCAUUCAAUAUUACUCCGUGCUGAUCGUGUUGCACGUAAUGUAUGCGAACUUAAACAAAAUUAUCCUAAAUAUUUACGUGCAUAGAACCGAUGCCGCGAAUUGUUUGCAUCGUAGCAGUCGUGUCUUUAUUAACAGUACCGGGAUUCAGUCUCUUUUGAACCUCCGAUGCAUUCACGCUCACCUCUGCGAUAUUUCUGCUCAAGUUUCGCAGUUUUACUCAUUGCCCAUUCUUCUGGGGACAUUCCUCUUGUUGAUCUCUUUGUCAUACAGUGUGUACUACAUUUUCCAACCGUUAAUGGUCGAUAAUGUAAUCAUGGAAACGUCGAUUGUACUAAAUAACGUGAUUUGGACAAUCUUCCUUCUCUAUCCGCUCGGAUUGUUGACGACCAGAGUCACAAAACUGGAGAACGAGAUCGAACGAACCAAAGGUAUCGUGGACGGGUUGCUGAAUUAUGCGAUCGAUAGAGAAGCGAGAACUGAGUUGCUGCAUCGGCAGAUCAAGUUCACGGCCAUGGGAUAUUUCGUUCUAGACAACACGCUUUUUCAAUCGGUGCUCAGUACGACGACGACGUAUCUGGUGAUUCUAAUUCAAUUUCAAAUGGGUGGACCGGAAUCGAUCGACUGUAAUUGCAAUCAUACGUGCAAUUGUAAUAAACAAAAACAUUUUAGCGAAGGAAAAAUUUAACCUUCUGUUAAAAGAAGAAAGAAUGAAAAUUCGUCUAUGUUAGGAAGUGGUAAAGUGUAGGUACAUACAUAUAGGGUGUUCGACAACAGAUGUGAGAUUUUUUGAGAGUGAUUCUCAAAAUAAGACCAAAAUCAAGAAUGGCGAAAUCACGUUUGCGGCUUUGAUUUCUAGUAAUUAACAUUCAAAGAUUCGAGUAAAAAGCGCCUAACACCUGCAACCUGCCUGGCACCGACGUCCGAACGUUAAGUCAGCAGGGGUCGGUACAGUCAUAACUAAGAAUCGAAGCCGAAUGCUGCAGCACCCAGAAAAUAAUAGUACGAGGUAAAUUUCUACUAUUCAAUGACUCUUGAUUAUGACUGCAUUCACCCCUGCUGACCUAACGUUUAGACGUCGAUGCUGGGCAGAUUGCAGGUUUCAGGCGCUUUUUACUCGAAUUGUUAAACGUUAAUUACUGGAAAACGAAGUCGCAAAACGCUAUUUCGCCUUAUUUUGAUCCCUAGAAUCACCCAUAGAUAGAUCUCCUACCUGUUGUCGAACAUCCUAUAUAAAUAUUUUCUAUUUUCUUUCUUUACUUCCUAUACAUUUUUAGUUGGUCAAUGUCUUUUUAAGCAGUUACGAUAAGAUUUAUCGUGCAUCUUUCGAAGAAGAAGAAGAGAAGUGUACGGUUAAAUAGCGAUUUAUGUGAACUAUAUAGUUAUUUU